UCGUGAGCGCGUAAACUCCAAUUAGCGUUCUCUUCUUUUAAUUUUCCUUCCUCUAAAAAUUACCUUCCUUUACUCCCAAAAAAAUGUCUCAUACUAAAUUCUACGUGAUCGACAUAAACGAUGAAAAGUGGGAAAUUAGUGAACUUAAUGAAGAUGAAAGUAUCUUUUAUACAAGCAUGUACACAGCCGUUACAAAUCGUGAUAUUAAAUUGUUUAUGAGCCUGAAAGAUUCAUUCGAUGGAUGGGAGAAAUUUCUUAACAAAGGCGUUUUAAUGAAAGUUGUCGGUCAACAUCAAAGUGGAAGUGGACAAAAUGUUGCAAUGAACCUUUGUCAUUUGGCCGCUAUCAGUCAGGCACGAGAAAUUCUUCGGAUUUUAAUAAAAGCUGGAGGAGAUUUGAGCAAAAGAUGCGUUGGUAUCAACGACACCAGCAAUCGAAAGAAGUUCGUGUUCAAAGAGACUCUUGUCGAUUUGAUUGUAACGCACUUCCGGGAGCCUGUGCUUUUCAUUCGCCAUCUAAUGGAUGACUCUAUUAAGUGCCAUGACAUGGGUAGCAGCUAUGAGUACGUGUUAGAUUUCUCCAUUCUGCAUCCGCAAAUGCACAGACAGUUCAAAGACAUUAUCAACGGCAAUGGGAGUCGUAAUGUGGCAAACGGAAAUUCGUCGAGUCAUCAGAUGACCGUUCUUAAUGCAAUUUUGAAUUCGACGGAUGAUAUUUAUAGCGAACAAUACGAAUUGCUUAAGCAUCCUCUAAUAGAGGCCUUUCUGACUUGCAAAUGGAAAUACUACCGAAGUUUUUUCUUUCUACUAGUCCUAAUUCACUUCACGUUCGUUUUGAGCCUCUCAGCGGCCGCCAUCCUUGUGUUAAGAUGCCUCCAGAAGUUUGCUAAUGAAUCUUUUUCCGAGUUUCUUAGUCAUCAUCUUAAAGAUACUUCUGCCAACAGUACAGCCAAUGGGACAACAACUAAUGGUGGUAUCUACAACACCACAAGUGCAGAAAUGUUGGAAUUGCUCGAGAUGUACUACAUGUCGAUGAAAUCCGUUCACGUACUAAAUAUAUUCGCACUUAUUGCUGGACUUUUGCUAUUCAUGCACGCCAUCAUACAGGCUCAUUUCAUUCCGCUGAAGAAGCUGGUCUACGAGUUUGAGAUAAUCUCGAAUCUGCUAACAGCACCGUGUGCAAUGCUCAAAUGCAUAGUCGUGCUCAUAUCGCCGUACGGAUGGUAUUUCGACAGUCACCACAAAUGGAUUUACCACCUGAGCAGUUUCAUCAUUCUUCCAGCAUGGAUUAAUUUAAUGCUAAUAAUUGGUAGAUUUCCUCGUCUGGGAUGCUACAGUUUGAUGUUCACCACAGUCAUGCGAAAUUUCCUCAAGGUCAUGAUUUCGUUUGUUUUCCUCAUAAUUGGAUUUGCAUUGAGCUUCUCACUUAUGUUCCCAAAUUCUGAACACUUCAACGAUUCACCACUGGCCCUGGUUCGCACCGUCGUAAUGAUGGUCGGUGAAUUCGACUAUCUUUCCACGUUCACUAACGAGAAAGACCCGUUCCUGAAUGGAACAUCACGACUUAUUUUUGUACUUUUCAUCAUUUCUUGCAGCAUAAUUUUGAUGAAUUUGACUCAAGGCAUUGCUGUGAAUGACAUAAAGCAACUCCAUGAAAUAAGCCAAGUCAUCCGUUUGGAAAAAGAGUCUCGAUUCCUUUAUGAAUUAGAAAGCGUCUUCACUCACCCUAUCAUCGUUAAUCAACCAUUUUUGAGGAAGGUAAAACAUAAACUCUUUGACCGAGGAGUAUCCACAGAUACGAUUAGAGUCACCCGUGAUGAUCGACAGGGGCUUAAUAACACUGUCUACGAAAAACUGGUGAAGGAUUUCAAACCUGAAUAUAAUAUCAAUCGAAGGCCAUCUUGCAUUCCAUUUUAUUCUGGACAAUAGAAGUAUUUAGUGAAAUGCAAUACAGUAAAGACGUGGAUCAAUUCAUGGAGGACAGGCAGUGAAAAACAUAAUUAAAGAAGGAGCGUAACCCGAGAUGAAUUGAUCCAAUCAAAAUCUAUUUUACAUAAAAUUUUCUAUUGCAAUGACUAAAGGCAGAAGUUAAUGGUGAGGAUAAUUUUGCCACCGGUAAAAUUCAAGACAACAAAGAUGUAAUGUGGAUGAUUAUCAAGUUACCUUGAAGCUCAUUACAACCAACAAUAACUGACAAACAUCAUCAGCAGUUCCGUUCCACAAUGUCGAAGAUGUAAAAAUAAUGGCUCAGACGACACGGUGUGAUGUUACCUGAGAAACUCGACAUAUCUUUCAAAUGGCAGACGAAACAUCGUCAUCUACUGCAUUCCAAAUGUGAUCAACAAAAGCAUGUGAUGUACUUAAUUAGCAUUUAAUUACAUUCGCGACAUUUAUUGUGCGAUUUCCUUCAAUAAUAUGAUCGUAGGGACAAAAAAGUCGUUACAGAUUUUUCGGCUCUUGAUGGAGUGUUAAUUAGAAAAUGUAGGUUGUUGUUGCGUUUAGGGCAAUUACUCAC